UUCCAGGCCCACUCCUACCAUGGAUUCCCCCGAUGUGUGCGUGGUGCUGAAUGGCGCAUCAGGCCGUGUUUGCGUGGUACAUGGUGCGCAACGCAGCUGGUCGAUCCUGAGGCUGAAGGAGGAAGUCCAGAAAGUAAAGUCCAUCCCCUGCGAUGAGCAGAUCCUGAUCGAUGGCUUCCGGGAACUGAAAGAUGAGGAGCUGGUUGAGGGCCUUUGGGAGGUCACUCUGGUGAGGCGCAGCGCGCAGGAGGCUGCAUGGCUGCGCCUGGCGCAGGAGGACUGGAGCGCGCUGCUCAAGGAGCCGGAGGCGUGGCAGUACCGCUCCGUGGUGCUGGCGGCGGUGCGGAGCUCCGGCUGGGCGCUGCAGCACGCCGCGGCGCUGCGCGCGGACGCGGAAGUGGUGCGGGCGGCGGUGGAGCAGAACGGCCUGGCGCUGCAGUUCGCGGACGCCGCUUUGGCCAGAGACCCGGACCUGGUGCUGGCCGCCGCAGCGCGCUCGGGCCGCGCCUUCGCCUUCGCGGCAGAGGAGCUGCGGAAGUCCCGGAACUUUGCGCUGAAGGCGGUGGCGCGGAACGGCCACGUGCUGAAGUACGUGGAUGAGGCGAUGCGCGACGAGGAGCUGGUCGAAGCCGCGGUGGUCUCCACGGAGAGCUCAGCGCUGGCAGAGGUCCUGGGGAAGAAGGAGGCGCUGAGACACCGGAUCAAGCACGUGCUGCAGGACCGAGGCGUCCUGGGCGCGGAGGGCCCCAUGCUCGCUCCCCCGCCGAGUGAGGA